AUGGCUGAAACAGAAUUGCAGAUCUUGUCUGAUCUUCAUUUGGAAUCUCCUCAAGCAUAUGCUAUUUUCCAUAUUGAAGCCAAAGCGCCAUACCUCGCAUUGGUCGGCGACAUCGGUUACGUCAAGGAUAAGGAUUUCUUCAAUUUCCUUCGCAGACAACUCAAUGCAUUUCGUGUUGUGUUUCUGGUUGUGGGUAACCAUGAACCCUAUCACAGCAACUGGUUCGAAACCAAAUUGAAGAUCAAGCGCUUCAUAAUGGACUCGGCGCCCAAGUCAGGCGAGCCGCUCGGCCAACUUGGUUUCCUCGAUAAAGCACGCUACGACAUUUCAUCAACAGUCAGCGUUCUGGGAUGUACUCUUUUCUCACAAGUGGCACAUGAUCAAAAAGAGAAUGUCGGUUUCGGCAUAAAUGAUUUCUACCAUGUUGAUGACUGGUCCCUUGAUGCUCAUCAAGCAGCGCACCGCGCUGACCUUGACUGGCUCAACCAUGAAAUCGAUGUGAUUUCGCGCCUAGAACCUGAUCGCAAGGUUGUCGUGCUCACCCAUUAUUUUCCACUGGACAAUAAAGAGGUUGUCGAUCCUCAAAAUGCAGACAGCAAGAUCUCCUCUGGUUUUAUGACCGAUCUGUCUGGGGAGACUUGCCGGAAGAGCGGUGUGGUGAAACUUUGGGCCUUUGGUCACACACACACUUCAAUUGCGACUUUAGUGAACCGAAUCAUGUUACAAGAUUUAUUUCGAACCAGAGGGGGUACUACUUUUGCUAGGCGGCAGGCUUUGACAGCACGAAAACAUAUUGUAUCUAGGAAAUUACGAGACGACAGUUUUUACUGA